UUCAUCGGUCAGAUCAUGGCUAAAAGGUCUGGGUUAGCAGCAGCUCGCCAGACUCCCGUGACGAGUAUCACGGAGAGUUAUCAUCAGUUUGAGAGUAGUGACAAAUCAUCCCGCGGCUCGAGCGUGUUGAGUAAUUAUAUUUACGGUGAAUAUUCACCGAGUGUGAAUUCGCGAAGGAAAUUUACGGCCCGAUACCCACGCCCCUUAAUCGUGAUUAUGAGUUUUAGCGCUAUCGCUGUCCUCGCGACACUCGCUCUUUUCGUCAAGGACAGUUUGAGCUCGGAGGCGAUUAAUUAUGUAACCGAAUACUUCGAAAAGCCUGAGACUAAUAAGUUCCAGCUUAAUGUACUGCCGGAAUAUGAGGUCGAAUUGCACGAGUGCCCGGCUACAUUGUCGGCCUCUACGGAUCCUGCACUCGAUCGUGACAACGCGGAUCCCUCGAUCGGUGCAACCAUGUAUCGGAUCCCUGGAGGACCAAAGUCGCCGAAGACUCCAGGAAAACGAGUAUCUUUCAUCGAACAUGGAAUACUGUGCGAUUCUCAACCGUGCACCGUGAACAAACUGAAAAUUGCAAUCGUGUAUUUACUCGUGGAUCAAGGCUACGAUGUGUGGCUCGGAUUGAGCAAUUCGAGCAUGAUGGAAGAUUUGAUAAUGAGUCGGACAGCGGAACGAGAACGUUUGGAGCGAGUGGCUCACUGCAUUUUCGUGGCUACUAAUCAGACAGAAUUACUGGUGAUGGGUAAUCUUAAUGGCACCGUCCAGUUUUUUGCGAUCUCCACACCGAUCGCCAAGUGGGAGCAAUCGAAGGUAUCGAAAUGGCUGGAGUAUAUACCAGGCGUGAAAACUGUCAAGAAAUUGUAUUACAAGGGAAAGAAUUAUCUGACACGUAGUUACGAGAAAAUAGUCGAGAGCAUCGAUCUUCUCGGUAAAAGGGUCGACCUCAUCAUCGAUGAUCCUUCAGUCAGAAAUUUGAAGAACACGGUUCUCCGAGCUUGGGGCAUUAUUGUGACGAUGGUGGCGCCAACUCUGAGCCUCAAUGAUUUUUCAAAGAUGAUCAAUCAUCCUGACGUUUAUCUUGAUGCGUUACAAUUGAUCACGAAAUAUGGAUACACGGCUGAAUUACACCACGUUCGGACGGAAGAUGGAUAUUUGCUGUCAGUGCAUCGAAUUACCGGAGGCAAAAGGUAUCCACCGGGAAGAGGAAAACCGGUGGUUUUCUUGCAGCACGGAAUACUGUCGAGUUCGGCAGUUUGGAUCCUCAUGGGACCCUCGAAAUCUCUCGCAUAUUUUCUCGCGGACGAAGGGUACGAUGUUUGGAUGGGAAACUCACGAGGAAAUACCUAUUCUCGUGGGCACUUGAAUCUCUCGAGCAGUGAUAGUAAAUUCUGGGAUUUCUCAUUUCACGAAAUGGGAUAUUACGAUCUACCGGCUACCGUAGAUUACAUAGUAGCCAAUACCGGUCAAGAGAAGAUCAAUUAUAUCGGUCAUUCGCAAGGCACCACAUCGUUUUUCGUGAUGCUAUCUGAAAAGCCCCAGUACAACGACAAGAUCAAUAGGUUUAUCGCCUACGCGCCGAUUGUUUAUGCUAACAACGUUCGCAGCCCAAUAGUGGAUUUCUUCUCCAAGAUUUCAUCGCCGUUAUACCGGACCUUGCAGUUUCUGAACGUUCAUGAUUUCUUACCGACUAAUGCACUCCUCACCAAAAUUGGGAGAGACGUUUGCGAGAAGCGAACCCUCUAUCAGGUCGUAUGCAGUAAUGCCCUUUUCAUGGUCACUGGUUACGACUCGGCCCAGAUUAACAAGACCAUCGUGCCGAUAAUCAUGGGACAUUUGCCAGCAGGCAGUUCAGUGAAGCAAUUUGUUCACUUCGCCCAGGAGUUUACUUCGAAAAAAUUUCGUCAGUUCGAUUACUACGAAGAGGAGAAGAAUCUGGCCAAAUACGGAGCGGUCGAACCUCCAGGAUAUAAAAUUGAGAAUGUCAAAGUUCCGGGGAUGAUUUUUUACGCCAAGAACGAUUGGCUCGCUGACUCGAGGGACGUUGAGAAACUCGGAAACGAAUUGAAGAAUGCUGAGUUGCACGAAGUGCCAAUGGAGCUUUUCAAUCACAUCGAUUUCAUGUUCGCCAUGGAUGCACCGUUGCUCAUUUAUCAUCCGACGAUCGACUAUCUUCGAAGAGAAUUGACUAAUGAAAUACGAUGAUCCUCCACGAUGUUCAUUCCUGUAAUAAUAAGACGGAAUCUUAUUUAUCAUGUGAAAAUCGUAUUAAUGGAGCGGAAUUUAAAAUACGGAUGCACUGCAAAUUAACAAAUUGAAAUCAGAGAAUAAUCUCGCAACCUUGUUAAUGAUAUGCAAAUGAAAAUCUUAACAUUGA